CCCAGGCUGCCACGGAGGCAGAGCCGACGCCUCGCGGCCUUCCACGUACGCACUCCAUCGUCUGUCUCUCUCUCUCCCCCCCCCCCCAGGGGAAGAGCACAUCCGGGUCGCUGGAGCAGGUGCCUCAGGCCCCGCCCCUUCCCUUCAAGCGCCCACCCCCACUUCCGACCGUUUCUGGCCUUUUCCCGUUUUCCUGACGGCUCCUUCUCCGCUUCUCAGGUAGUUCCCGGCCCUUCAGCGCCCUUCACCUGAUUGAACCCGGCCGCUCGCUCUCGUCCCGAGUCUCAUCGCAGCUCGGAACUGCUCUGUCGGGUGCCUUCUCGGGGCAGCCUGGGCCGAGGCCUGCCGCGCGCGGUGAGUCGGCGCAGAUCUGACCCCGCGCCUCCUGGAGCUGGGUAGAGGCCGCCGCCACCGUGUGGGGAUGCCGCGGCGGGGGUCCACGCAGUGCUGGGCGGCCGCCGCGGGCCGUUGGGGCUGCGGGCUGUUCGUGCUGCUGCUGCUGCUGCUGCUGCUGCUGGUGCCGGGGCCCAGCGGCGCUUCUGAGUUCACCUUCGAGCUGCCCGACAACGCCAAGCAGUGCUUCUAUGAAGACAUCGCUCAGGGCACCAAGUGCACCCUGGAGUUCCAGGUGAUUACUGGGGGUCAUUAUGAUGUGGAUUGUCGAUUGGAAGAUCCUGAUGGUAAAGUGUUAUACAAAGAGAUGAAGAAGCAGUAUGAUAGUUUUACCUUCACAGCCUCCAAAAAUGGGACAUACAAAUUUUGCUUCAGCAAUGAAUUUUCUACUUUCACACACAAAACCAUAUAUUUUGAUUUUCAAGUUGGAGAAGAUCCACCUUUGUUUCCUAGUGAGAACCGAGUCAGUGCUCUUACCCAGAUGGAAUCUGCCUGUGUUUCAAUUCAUGAAGCUCUGAAAUCUGUCAUCGAUUAUCAGACUCAUUUCCGUUUGAGAGAAGCUCAAGGCCGAAGCCGAGCAGAGGAUCUAAAUACAAGAGUGGCCUAUUGGUCAGUGGGAGAAGCCCUCAUACUUCUGGUGGUUAGCAUAGGGCAGGUAUUUCUUUUGAAAAGUUUUUUCUCAGAUAAAAGAACCACCACAACUCGUGUUGGAUCAUAACUACGUUUGAGAAUUGAUGCACCAUUGCCACUGUAAUAUUGCUGUUCUCUAGUUUUAGGUACUGAAGAACUUAAUAUUGGCAACAUUUUUAAAACCUUACUCAUACAUUUGUUGGGAGGGAUGUACAAUGCAUAUCCCUAAACUGUGGAAAGGACACCUUUUUUUAUUUGUAAAGGUGGAAUAACUUUGGAACUUGAUUUUGGGUUAUUCAUGUUAAAUAUUCAACAUCAAUGAUCUACUCUUUUCUCGGUUGUUUAUAUCUACUCUUCGCACACUAAACUUUGAUAUUUUUAUUCCUUUUAACCAUUUAAAAAUACUUUUCUUAUAGGCAGUUGAUAUUUUAAAAACUUUAGAUUUAAUGUCUACAUGUAUUAUGGAGGAAGAAAAUUGCCUUUUAUUAGCUUAUAAGAAAACCAAGUGUGAUUAACUGUAGCCCAAGUCCUAUUCUGCACUGUUUAAUUUUAUGGGGGAAAAAAAGUCUACCAUAGGAAUGUUAGUUACGUUGAUAAAAUUUUCAAUUGAUACAUUAUGGUAUAAUUUAUUUCUCAGUAGCUUGGAAAGUGUCGGAUUUUUGUUUUUUUAAUUUAUUCUAUGAUUUAUAACCAGCUAUGUUAUUUUUUCAUAAAGGCAUUCUUACCACACAGAAAGCAGUAAGUUUCAGUAACAUAAUAGAGUUUAUACAGGCCUUAAAAAAUCAGACUGUUAUAGCAGGUGGGAUAAUUACAGAAUUAUUUAAGACACUACAAAGGGGAAAAUGAAAUGGAAAAAUUUUUAGUGAGUUAUCUGCGCACAUUACAUUUUCAGUGCUUUUACAAAGAAAAAAGGUGAUCUCUUUAAUUUUAACAUUUUAUUUUUCUGGUUCUUGCCCUUAUCUGGCUUUAAUGUCUUUGAAUCAUUUCCAGAUUAAAUUGGCAGUUGUUAAUUCUAGUAUCACGUAAGUGCCAUACAUUUUAUCCUCAUGGGUGUGAUGCACUGAAAAGUUAGUUUCUUUGUUUUUCUUUUUUUGUCUUGUACAUUUUAUUUCUACAGUAUCUGGUUAGCAUUUUUUUUGUCUUGUACAUUUUAUUUCUACAGUAUCUGGUUAGCAAUCUUAAAAUGAUUUAAAAAUGUAGAAUGCUGUGUGUUUCCUAUUUGGUAAUCUUCACUGAUUGUACUUUAUGUAAUGAAUAUUCAAUAGUGCAUAUUCUGUACACUAUAGGGUUUAGACUGUGUUUAUAUCUUAUAACUUGUAUAGAUUGAGUUGAUUGAAAUAAGAUUUUGUUCCAGGUAUUCUAGAAUAGAAUACAGGAUGAUGCAAAAUUGUAUAGAUAUUUAAAACUUUUCUGCUUUUUUAAAAAUUGUAACUGCUUUUCUGCCAUGCCACUCUUUACUACCCAAAGGUGAUGAGUACUGAACAGGACUGUCAUUUUGUAAAGAUUUUGAUAUGUGAAACCAUAGAAUAUUGAUUGGAUAGCCAUUCUAGUCACUUACUGUCACUAGAAGUUAAUUGUUAAGUCUAAGCUCUCUUAAAAUGCAUAUAUACACUUCUCGCAUGUAAGAGCAAAACAAAUUCAAGUUGUCGUGCUUACUAAUUUCAGAUGCCACAGUGUAGCAAGGGGUGAACAUGUUUUCAACCCUUUAAUUUUAAGAUUUUUGAAGACCAAAUAGUACUCCUUAAACAACAUUUAUCAAUGAGUUAAGAAAUAAAGUGUAAGAUUUUGCAUAUUCAUCUGUUUGGGUUCUUGCAUUGGAAUCGUCCUGCAGCUUUAUAUGUGUUCAUUUAUAUUUCGAUUUGAAAGUUUAAAGCACUAAUGUUAAUGUGAUUGAUAAGCAUGGGCAUAUGCAAAAUGUCCUUUUCUGGUUGCCCAUCUAUACUGUUGUGUUCGGAUACUUAUACCAUAAUUAAAACAGAAUCAGGUAUAGAUCUUAUUGAGUUUGGCACAGAUAGUGCACUCAUUUACUCUGUGUCUCUCAAAACUUCAUGAUAUUAGGCUAUUAUCACAAAUAAUUUUUGGUGAAAUUAUUGAGAUAUAUUAAAAUUUUUGAAAUCAUCAUUGUUAACCUGUUAUAGAAAAUAGUGUGGACUUAGCCUGGACUCUUUGUAACUAGCUAAAUUUUGAUGACUAUCUAUAUGCAACUAGAUAUGUAUGUAUAAAUUAGAAAAUACAUAUCUAUCCAGAAAUAAAUACUAAGUAACAUAUUUUUCUUCCUCCUAUUACAUAUUUGUAGCUUGUCAUUUCUCCUUAAUCUUUUCGUAACUUGUUGCAGCAGUUUGAAUUUCUCAAAUAUUUAUGUUUGAACAUAAUGGCUCAGAAUACGUAUUUGAACAUCAUAGUUGUAUAUAUUUUUAAAGUAGAAUAAUAAGGAAGAGUGACUUGUUAUAUAAGUUUAUACUAAAAUUUCAACUGUGUGAAGAUACAUUUUAAGAUAUUACUUUGAUAAUCUAAACAUUCUUUUUUCUAUUAAAGAAAUAAAUGGUUUGUGGUUCACAACUUUCAUCCAGGCUUGAUGAUAAUCAACUUUGAAAAUAACAGUGGACUGAAAAGCAAAUUUAUUCUUUGAAAGAUUUUAUUUAAAUCUCUGUACUGUUCAUUUUUGUUUCAGUUUGUAAAUGUGUAACACUUGUAGUUAUAUAGGACAAAGCAGGCCCUUAUGACUAUUGUUUCAUAAAUUAAACAAAUUAAUAUAUACGCAAUUCAGAGGAGUUUUUCAUUUACUUUUGAAAAAACAAAAGAAAUUUCUCUAAUAACAGGAUUGCACCAAUCAAUUUCUCGUAGAAUAAAAAAAAAUUUUCAACAAA